AUGAAUGAUGGCGUUCCGCUAUCCCCCAAUUCCAACCCUUUCUAUAUGGCUGAAGGGCAGCAGCAGUACAUGCAAGCUGACAUGACACAGGACCAUUUCAGCCAUGGCGGCGUGGACGAUGGCAAACACGACUUUUACCAUCAAGCUGCUCCCAUGAGCCAAACGUCGCUGCCUCAUGGCGGCAGCGCCUACCAUGAGGCUGCCGCCGCUGGCGUCCGCCAGCGUGAGCCAUACCCGGCCUGGACUGUCGACAAACAAAUUCCUCUCUCCAAGGAAGAGAUCGAGGAUAUUUUUAUCGACUUGGCUAACAAGUUUGGUUUCCAACGGGACAAUAUGCGCAACAUGUACGACCACUUGAUGAUUCUUCUAGACUCUCGUGCGAGUCGUAUGAGCCCGCAACAGGCGCUUCUGACUCUUCACGCAGACUAUAUCGGUGGUGAGCAUGCGAAUUACCGCAAAUGGUACUUUGCCGCUCAGCUCGACUUGGACGAUGCUAUUGGUAAAGUGCAAAAUCCUGGCCUUGCGCGGGCUGCUAGUAUGGCCCAGCGCUCUGGUAAGGCCAAGCGCGCAUCCACAGUGCUUGGAUCCAAGUCUUUGGAGAAUGCUCGCACACGGUGGCGUGAUGCCAUGUUCCGCAUGAGCGACUAUGACCGUAUCCGUCAGAUUGCUUUGUACCUCAUGUGCUGGGGUGAAGGUAGUCAGGUUCGUUUCGUGCCAGAGUGCCUCUGCUUCAUCUUCAAGUGUGCGGACGACUACUACCGUUCGCCCGAGUGCCAGAACCGUCUGGACCCUGUACCAGAGGGUUUGUACCUGCACUCAGUUGUGAAGCCCCUGUAUCGUUUCCUUCGUGACCAAGUGUUUGAGAUUGUCGAUGGCAAGUUUGUGAAGAAGGAGCGCGACCACGACCGCACGAUUGGUUACGAUGAUGUGAACCAGCUGUUUUGGUACCCUGAAGGUAUUAAUCGCAUUGUAUUGAACAACGGCAUGCGCUUGGUCGAUGUUCCACCGCAGCAGCGUUUCAUGAAGUUCGACAAAAUCGAAUGGAACAAAGUUUUCUUCAAGACGUACAAGGAAACUCGUUCGUUCCUGCAUUUGCUCGUGAACUUCAACCGUAUCUGGAUUUUCCACAUUUCUUUGUAUUGGUACUUCAUGGCUUACAAUGCCCCUAAGGCCUACGAGCCGAAUCGUAACCCCUCGUACGCUGAACAGCUUAGUGCAUCCGCGCUAGGUGGUGGUGUGGCUACGUUCCUGAUGAUUUGUGCGACGCUGGUGGAGGUGACCUACAUUCCGACGACGUGGAACAACACCAACCAUUUGCUUGGCCGCUUGAUCUUUAUGGGUAUUUGUAUGGCAUUGAUGAUUGCUGCGCCUGUCUACGUGUUUGGCUUUAACAAAGAUGGCCACAUUGGCUUUGUCAUUGCUGUUGUGCAGAUGGUCGUUUCGGUGUUGAUUACAGCGCUGUUCUCGAUCCAGCCAUCAGGUCGCCUCUUUGGUGACCGUGUGGCACUGCAUAAGCGUAAGUAUCUGGCAAACCAGACUUUCACGGCGUCCUUUGCCCCAAUUCCGUUUUCGCAUCGUUUCUUCUCCUUCCUGCUGUGGUUCCUUGUUUUCGGCUGCAAGCUGACCGAAAGUUACUUCUUCUUGACGCUUUCAUUCAAGGAUCCCUUUGCGGUGUUGGUCACGAUGCGUGUGGGGCAGUGCCAUGAUCGUUACUUUGGCACGCAUCUUUGCUCGCUUCAACCACCAUUUACGCUGGCGUCUAUGAUGAUCAUGGACUUGGUACUGUUCUUCCUUGACACGUUCUUGUGGUAUGUCGUUUGGAGCACCGUGUUCAGUUUGGGCUGGGCCUUUUCUCUGGGUCUGUCUGUUUGGACGCCGUGGUCGGACAUUUUCCAGCGUCUUCCCAAGCGUAUCUACUCGAAGCUGCUGGCUACGGCCGACAUGGAAGUGAAAUACAAGCCCAAGGUACUUGUAUCGCAGGUUUGGAAUGCCAUUAUCAUUUCCAUGUACCGUGAGCACUUGCUUUCGAUCGACCAUGUGCAGCGUCUUUUGUACCACCAGGCGCCUGCGGAGAACACGCCGUACAAGCGUACGCUACGUGCGCCACCGUUCUUCCUGAACCAGAUGGAGUCGGGCUCUAAGCCGGAGUUCUUCCCGCAUGGUUCCGAGGCUGAGCGUCGUAUUAGCUUCUUUGCGCAGUCGCUCACGACGUCGAUUCCAGAGCCGCUGCCUGUGGAUGCGAUGCCUACGUUCUCGGUGCUUACACCGCACUACAGCGAAAAGAUCCUGCUCUCUCUGCGUGAGAUUAUCCGUGAAGAGGACCAGAACACGCGUGUGACUCUUCUUGAAUAUCUCAAGCAGCUCCACCCUGUCGAAUGGGACAACUUUGUGAAGGACACCAAGAUUCUCGCGGAAGAGUCGGGCAACUUUACUGGUGCGCCGUUUGGCUUUGAGGAGGAGAAGACGACGGGCAAGAAGGGCAAGACUGACGAUUUGCCUUUCUACUGCAUUGGUUUCAAGUCUGCUGCGCCUGAGUACACGCUUCGUACCCGUAUUUGGUCGUCGUUGCGUGCGCAGACGCUGUACCGCACUGUUAGUGGUUUCAUGAACUACAACAAGGCGAUCAAGCUUCUGUACCGUGUGGAGAACCCGGAGAUUGUGCAGCUGUUUGGCGGCAACACGGAGCGUCUGGAGCGUGAGCUGGAGCGCAUGAGUCGUCGUAAGUUCAAGUUUGUGAUUUCGAUGCAGCGCUACUCGCGUUUCAACAAGGAGGAGAUUGAGAACACAGAGUUCUUGCUGCGUGCCUACCCUGAUCUGCUGAUUGCGUACUUGGACGAGGAGCCACCAGUGAAGGAGGGUGCGGAGUCGCGAUGGUUCUCGGCGUUGGUCGAUGGACAUUCGGAGAUGUUGCCAAACGGUCGCCGUCGCCCCAAGUUCCGUAUCGAGCUGCCGGGCAACCCGAUUCUCGGUGACGGUAAGUCGGACAAUCAGAACCAUGCGAUCAUCUUCCACCGUGGUGAAUUCGUUCAGCUGAUCGAUGCCAACCAAGACAACUACCUGGAAGAAUGCUUGAAGAUCCGCAAUGUACUGGCUGAGUUUGAGACCAUCGAGAUGCCGACAGAGAACCCGUAUGGUCCUAGCUACCAUGUAUUUGACAAGGCGCCUGUGGCGAUUGUCGGUUCGAAGGAGUACAUUUUCUCGGAGAACAUUGGUAUUCUUGGUGACGUCGCGGCCGGUAAGGAGCAGACGUUCGGUACCUUGGCAGCGCGUGGUAUGGCCCAGAUCGGUGGUAAGUUCCACUACGGUCACCCCGACUUUUUGAACUCGGUGUACAUGUUGACGCGUGGCGGUGUAUCGAAGGCGCAAAAAGGUCUGCACUUGAACGAGGAUAUUUAUGCCGGUAUGAUGGUGUUCCAGCGUGGUGGUCGUAUCAAGCACUGUGAGUACUACCAGUGCGGUAAGGGUCGUGAUCUUGGUUUCGGUACCAUUUUGAAUUUCAUUACCAAGCUGGGUAACGGUAUGGGUGAGCAGAUUCUUUCGCGUGAGUACUACUACCUCGGCACGCAGCUGCCUGUCGACCGUUUCCUGACAUUCUACUACGGCCACCCUGGUUUCCACAUUAACAACAUCAUGGUCAUUUUGGCUGUGCACCUGUUCAUGUUUGCACUGAUGUUUAUUGGUUCGCUGGUAUCGACGCUGGAGACGUGCCCUGACACAGACGGUAUUCCGUUCGUGCUUGGUUCGGGUUCGUGCUACUACCUGAACCCUGUGGUGUACUGGGUGCAGCGUACGGUGAUUAGUAUUCUGCUUGUGUUCAUGAUUGCGUUCUUGCCGCUGUUCCUGCAGGAGCUUUCGGAGCGAGGUGCUGUCUCGGCCUUGUUCCGUCUGAUGAAGCAGUUUGUGUCGCUCUCGCCCCUGUUCGAGAUUUUCACGACACAAAUCUACUCGCACUCGAUCAUCCACAACUUGACGUUCGGUGGUGCGCGCUACAUUGCUACGGGUCGUGGUUUUGCUACCACACGUCUGAGCUUUGCGUUGCUCUACUCUCGUUUCGCUGGACCAUCGAUCUAUGCGGGUAUGCGGUACUUGCUGAUGCUCUUCUACGCUACGCUCACGGCAUGGAUGCCCCACUUGCUGUACUUCUGGAUCAGUAUUGUAGCACUGUGUGUGGCGCCGUUCCUGUUCAACCCACACCAGUUCUCCUUCUCCGACUUUAUCAUCGACUACCGUGAAUUCCUGCGCUGGAUGGGCCGUGGUAACAGUCGUAGCCAUGCCAACUCGUGGAUUGGCUACUCGCGUCUGAGCCGUACCCGUAUUACCGGCUACAAGAAGAAGCGUCUGGGCCACCCUAGCGAAAAGCUGGUUGCUGAUCUGCCUCGGGCUGGCUUCAAGACGAUCCUGGUGAACGAGGUCCUGGCUCCGAUUGCCUUGGCCGUUAUUUUCGCUGUGGUGUACGCGUAUGUGAAGAGUUUCCCAGCGCCUGGCCUCACGUUUGAGCAAGGCAUUUACCAGGGUGGUAUUGCUCGUCUUGCCAUCAUUUCGCUGGUGCCGAUUGCUUGGAAUGCUGUGGUGCUUCUUGUCAUUUUCUUCAUUUCGCUCUUCUUCGGUCCUGUUCUUGGUUCGUGCUGUGCCAAGUUUGGUAGUGUCAUGGCAGCCAUUGCGCACGGUUUGGGUGUCUUGGGUCUGCUGGCCGUGUUUGAGUUCUUCUGGUACAUUGAAUACUGGAACACGGCCAACACUGUGCUGGGUCUGAUUGCUAUGAUUGCAGUGCAGCGUGCCAUUUUCAAGAUUCUCACCGCGCUAGUGAUCUCGCGCGAGUUUAAGCAUGACGAGACCAACCGUGCAUGGUGGACGGGUCGCUGGUACGGCCGUGGUCUCGGUGGCCAUGCCUUUAGCCAGCCGGCGCGUGAGUACAUUGUGAAGAUCAUCGAGAUGAGCCACUUCUCGGCGGACUUUAUCACUGCGCACUUGCUCAUGUACGCCCUCUCGAUUCCUCUGGUGGUGCCGUUCGUCGACCAGUUACACUCGACGGCCCUGUUCUGGCUUCGUCCAUCGAAGCAAAUCCAUGCUCCGAUUUACUCGCUGCGCCAGCGUGCGCAACGUCGUUCGAUUGUCUUGCGCUACUCGAUUGUGUUCUUCUUUGCAUGGAUUGUCUUCCUGGCGCUCAUUCUUGUGCCUGUGAUCAUCCAGGCCACCAUCUACGCAGGUGACAAGAAGAACUCAUUGUGCAGCUUCUGCCAGACCUUGUAA